AUGGUCCUUUUCGCCCUUACGGCUGAGGUCGGUGGGCGUCCUGACAUUCUGCCAAACGGUGAAGUGCUACAAGUUGAAGACGAGUUUGCGGCGGUGCGCAAUAGUGCAGAUCCAACGUUGCGGCGAAAGAAAAAUAUGCUGAAGAAGAAGGAGAGGUUGUGGAAGGGAGCAACUGUUAUCUACAAAAUGGAAGACCAUAUCUGGACGACCCUUCACGAGUAUCAAAUAGUGCAGGACGCCAUGCGUGAUAUCAUGCAAGGAUCCUGCGUCCGAUUUAAGGAACGAAGCGGGGAAUUGGACUAUGUGUACAUUCAAAACAACUAUACUUUCGAAACGUAA